UGUCACUGACUUUAUCUUUAUGUACAUAGAGCAAAAAGAGUUUUUCUUGUCUGUUUAAAGAGUCACUUUACUAGGGCAUUCACAUAUAAACUGCUGCCGUACUGCUGGUCCCCGUCAUAGCCUGUAAAUAGCUGUCAAACUGGCAGCCAGAGAUAAUUUUCUCUGUCCUGCUGGCAUGUAUAUGUAUUUUACACCAGAUAAUAAAAUUUCCACUACGGCAGAGACAGUACUAAACCCACAGUUAAGCUUCAUGACAUUCCUUUCAAUGAACAACACUGAGAUUUACGGAUAUGAGUGAUUAAAAGCAGUGCGGUGGUGGAGCUACAACAUAAGGAAGGGACCAUUGUUGCAUUUGUUGCUGAAGGUAGUAGUUCGGUGACCUGGGAGGUAUAGGUCAAGUCCAGUUACGAUGAACAGCACAUUUUGUCACUGUGUUCUGUUCGUCCAUUUACAGUUGAAGUGAGAGGAGCGUGGGACGUGGGUGGAGAGGGACGAAGAUAAAAACAUAAGAAAUGCCAACAACAAAAAAAACAUAAAAACAUUAGAAACAAAGCGCCUUCAUUCCUUUAAACACUUGAAGCAUGAAAACUAAAUGACACUGAAUGUGUGUAAAUCAAGGUCUGCUUGAAGUCGUGACACUGCUGUAUCCAGUGGACAUGAGGGGGUUCGUCACAUCCCUGGCUGGGUUUUCACGGCUAAGCUUUUUUUUUUAAAAGUGAGAUUUUAACCAGUGGAAAUCAGAGGCAUUUUCAGUAGAUGGCUGGUAGACUGUGCAAGCCCAGUGCAAGUUCUCAUUCAGCAGCUGUACAGCUGUACUUUGAGGUGGCUGAGCAUCCAUCAGAAAAUAUGUGAUCAAGGAAAAAAAAAAAAAAAAAUCAUCCACAUCAGUGUUAUACACAAUAAGCAGGGAUGUGACCAUGUUUUUUUUUUUUUUGUUUUUAUUUAAUUUCCACACAACUUUGCUAUUCAUUUGUAUUUCUAUCAAGUUCAAACUGUUUCAAUCAGAUCCCUGAGCCACUCUCACUCCUGGUGCUAAGAUGUAUUAUGGUCUGUGAUGGCCAUGAUAAUAAUCAUAAUAAAGAGAGUGAUGAUAUAGUUGGAAUACAGUAUUAAAUGUCUGCUUACACUUGUAUAAUAGGUUUCACCUGCAUACUUUUGACAAUGGCCGUUUAGUCCCCUGGUUGAACGAGACUGGCACUACACAGUGACUGGACAGAUGGACACAUGGACGGACAGAUUGGGUGACCACUGACUAUUGCACAGGAAGGUGUGAAAUAAGACCUACGUUUUUAAAUGUGCUGGUCCCGUAUAAAACUGGACCUGAGCUGAGCUGGAUUUAACCUUUUCUUGAAAGAUCCUGCAGUCCUAUAGUUCAGUCAUUUCCCUUUCCCCCCAUUGGCUGAAGGAGCUGUCAGUCAUCCCAGUGUUGUCGUCGUAUAGGCUCUAUAACUACCUCCACAGCAGCAAAAACACAGCCCAUCCUUUCUACUAUCACACUGUCAUCAGCCUCUAGCCUGUGAAUGUCUACACACACACACACACACACACACACAUACACACACACUCACAACAAAGUGCUGGACUCCCUCCUGUUGUGUCCUCAUUUUAACUAACAAGGUUUCUUCUAAUGGUACAUGAUUGUGGUUCAGGUGCAACCCCCCACCCACACCUCCCACCACCACCGUCCCCCGCAAAUCAUCACUACAUCCACAGAAUGAACCUCUUCCGGGAUCCCAGAAAGGGACUCGAACCCAAGUCGUGUUGGUGUAUAACACUAAAUCCUGACAUACUCAUAUUAAGGAAGUAAAAAGUACUUCUUGUAUUAAGGAAGCAUCAAAUUCAAUGAGGAAAUCAGUCAGAAAACUGGCCUUAAGGGGCUCAGUAUGCUUGAAACCUAGGAGUUUAUACAACAUGUUGUCUGACCGUGUCUAAAGUCAGUCUUCCUGUUCUGAAUUUCUACUCUUGCCUUGAAGUGUGUCCUCAAUAUCCACACUGGAAGGCUACCACCACUUGCCUCCACAGUCUCUCCAAGAAUUCUGUGUCAUUUGUGUGUCUUUGUAGUACAAACAGUGAUAGUGAUGCACACUUUCAGUAUGUUCUCUAAGACAUUCUCUAAGUUGCGAGAGAGAAGUCUGAAUCCUGCACUUUAUCACCUGUUCAGUCACCGUCAGGUGGGUGCAAUCGUCAGAUGAUUGAUUUUGGGAAAACGACAUAAAUUGUUAAGCAAUUGUCGGCCCCUGAAGAGAGGUUAUUGUAGAACAUCAUGCAGAAUGCAAUUGGACACAUGCCAUGGAAAACUCCUGAAUUACGAAAAAAAAUCACAAGACAUUAACGUGCAAGACCAAGCUGGAGGUACUGCUGCUAUGAAUUGAAUUCCUGCUGUGGUAGACUACAGCUUUACCCCUUUACUGCCAUGUGCAACACUUCUAUGAUGGAACUCUAUUGAUCCCAUGAAAUAACUAUAGUCAAAUAGCUCUGGAAUGCUAUGUAAGAAGGAGUUAUCCUGACCGCUGGAUUAGGUUUCCACUCCCUGAACUAUUGCUGUGUUGGGUUCUCAUUCUAGCAAUGCAUUCGGUGCUCUGCAUCGUGCCAGUACACAAGGGUCCAACCCUAUGUGUACUGGUUGUGCACUGGUUUAUAUUCCAUGCCCAAAGGACUGAUGUUACAGCUAAUAUGAUUACUAUUCUAUCAGUGUUUUCUGAUUCUAAUUUCUCUUCCACCCCUGAAAGAGAUUUAUAGCUUGUUCCACUAAUUUCUUGGGUUUUUGUCCCCCCAGGGGUGCUGGGGACUACAGUCUAAGGGAGACAAACCCUUGGGGGUGCUACAAGUAAUGUUCUGUUUUCCAAGUACUCUAGGACGGUACCUGGAGACGGUACCAUAAGAAGCCUGUGUACAAUGUACACAGGCUUCUUAUGGUACUUAAGGGUUUUAGUCCCUCUUCUGCCGAUAUUCUAUGGUUAUACUGUACAUCAUGUAAUAGGGUUCUUGUCUCUUCUCUAGCCCAACAGGAGGACUCCAAUCGAUUACAAAGCCCACAUAAGUAAACCUUUAGUCCUUAUUACAUCCCUACAGUAGGUUUCUGGUCUCAGAUAGACCUCUGCAGAAGGUAGUACCAGGUGUUCUCCCAUAGUUGAGCCUUAUCCCACGUUCUGUUACUACAGAAAGACACAGAGACAGGAUUCUCUUAGUCAAGCUCUAGUUUGUGUUCUACCUUUACCAUACAGCAGCACCCUGUCCCUACAAAUACAGUACUAUCAGUCUCUGUUGUACCACUAAUCUUGGGUCUAGCACCACAGUUGAGUAUUUAUCCCUACACUGGAGAUUCAUCUCUGUUGUACCACAGCUACACUGGGGUUCCUGUCUAGUCUCUUUUCCACCAGUAAAAUAUGGCUGCCCUACCUUGUGGAGGUCAUGGGUUCCACCCAUCAUGUCUGAUGUUUGCACUGCCCUCUCCCCCAUACCCUCACUGCAACUUUCUGGCCCAGUGGUCCUUCAUCAACCUAUCAUCCCCUCCAGCCACAAUCCUGUAACUUUCUAUCCCUUUUCUACACUCACAGUCCAUCAAAUGUCUUCCCUUAACAUCGGCGGUGGUAUAGAAGGAGGUUCAACAAUAACUUUGUUUCUAAUGGUGACGGUAUGUCAUACCUGUAAAUGAUGUUUAUCUGUCAUGCCUAGUCAAAUAAUUUAAACAAUAAAGAGAGGGAUUUUUUAAAUGUCUAUAAUAUCUGAAAGUCCCAUUGAUGUGUAGUACUGGUGUUACCGUUGUUGUAGUGUAUGUGAAACCCUAUGGGGAUUGUGUUACUUUUUAAGAUAA